AUUAAGUAUUCUCUCUGAAUUUUGGAGAGCAAAACCAAAAGAAAAAAAUUCAGUUCAUCCAAACAGGCUAUACACUGCCAAGAACAAACAAGAAAAAUGCCUAGAAAAUUGCGAAAAUCGCUGCUAGGUUACCUCUCGAAGAUCAAAAGGCCAACGCCUCAGCUUCAAUUUCCUAAUCCCCAAUCAUUCAAAUCUUCAAAAAACUGGAUUCUCGCAGGUUGUAAGCAUCCGAAAACGCUGUCGUUCGCCAUCGAUCGGAAGAAUGGCGACGGCGCCGGUAACAACGCCGCUGCGGACCCCGCCGCUGCCGCUACUCUCUCCGAUGUCGAUCGAUUCCUCGUUGAGAACUUCCGAUCGUUGUACAUGAAAGAGGAGGAAGAGUUCGAGGAGAAGAAAAUAGAAGAAGAAGGUCGAGAGAGCAAGAAGCAAGGAGUGGUUUCACCUGAUUCGCCGGUUGAUUCGAACGGCGGAUCUCACCGAUUCUUCUUCUCCCCUGGCUUGUCCGGAUCUCCACCGAACGAUUCUCUGACGGAAUCGUCGGAAAAUGUAGGAUCGAGUUCUUCAUCUUUGAACGGUGAAAAUCAGAGCAAGGAUGUGAAACUUCCGAACGAUUGCAUCGCGAUUUUGAGGUACUCGCCGAAUCCGCCUGAGGAAUUUCGGCGAGCGAUGAAAGAGAUGAUGGAUUCUCACAUGAAACAGCAGGAGAAAGUGGAUUGGGAGUUUAUGGAAGAACUUCUGUUCUCUUUUCUAAAUCUGAACGAUAAAAAGUCGCAUAAACACAUACUUAAUGCUUUCGUUGAUUUGAUAGUGAUUUUGCGGCAGAAGGUUGAGGACGAUGCUUCGAAGCCUCGAACAGUCCGUAGCGUGAGAAUGGUGAGGAGGAUGAUGUGAAAUCUGCCGAAUCUGCAGAAUCUGCAGAAUCUGCAGAAUCUGCAGAAUCUUUGAAAAUGAUAUCAAAGAUUUGCAAAAAUAAUAACGAAUUUGAAAUGAAGGUCUCCUUGAAGCUUGUAGGAGAACCGCUCUCUGGUUCUGCAACAAAAGCGGAGAUGGUGAUUACAAUGCACAGGGUAUACUUCUCGAUAUCCUUACCCUUAACAUUCUAUCUGCUUCUCACAGUUUAGUCCCUACAAUCUGUAAGCAACAUCCGANAUUUUUUUUUUUUUUUU